CAUCUCACAAGUAGAGGGAGUCGAACCGGUCCAACCGAACCAAACUGGAUAGAUUGUUAUUUUCUUGAUAUUGAAUUUGUUAACCUCUAACAAAAACUUCCAAAAUAUUGGAAUCAUUUAAUCGCGGGAAAAAGAUUUGGGAAUAUUAUUCAUACGACACCUUAAUGGCAAGCUUCUGAUUACGCCUCACAGUACGAAACUACGAUCGUAGUUCUGGCUUAAUACAAGGCAUAUGUCAGUAGGUGGCAGAUGAUCGCAGAAGAAUAUUUAGUAAAAUGUUGACUGAUUCAUGACGUGAUCAGUGCUGCCUGGUUAGUUGGGCAAUCGGGAAGGUUGCUCAAGAAGGGUAAACAAAAUUUUGCAAAAAGAAGAAUAAAAAAUGCCAGGGUGCGCUGCGAUCGGGUGCAACAAUCGCAGCGAAAAGGGUUACAAUAUGAAAUGUUUCCCUCGUGACCCACAGCUGAGAAAAGAGUGGCAGGAAAGAGUGGGCAGAGCGAACUGGGCACCGUCGAAAAAUUCUUUCCUCUGUCACGCUCACUUUGAAGCUGACCAGUGGGUGCAGACAAAGAAAGGAAAGCUUAGACUUAAGAGAGACGCUAUCCCAUCUAUAUUCACAGAAACGUCAACGAGGAAGUCUCCUAACAAGAGACGUUUACAAAACGAGCAGCAAGACAUUGAUGAUUGGUCACUCAGUAAUUUGAAGAAAAUGCGAACACUAGAUGACUAUAAUUACACUUUGGAAUUCCUCGACGAUGAUGAAUACGAGUUGACAUGCGAUAUGAAAAGAAAUAAGACGAGGAUAAUUGCGCAGGGUGAUGGCACGAUGUGCAAAUCCGUAGCACUGGGUAGUGAGAUUGAGCAAGAUAUCACAGCUGGUGAAGAAAAUAAUCAUGAUCUUGCAUAUCGUAUUGUUACGGAAAAGGACAUCCCGGGAUUAAAAAAACAGAACGUGAUAAUAGUAUCUGAUGAGAACAACAGGGAGAUAGGCAAGCUUGUUAACAACAACGAGAAUGUCAUAAUCGUCGCUGAUGAAAAUAACAAAGAAAUUGGUCAUAUUGUAGUUGAUAACACCUUGUUUAUCCAAGAGAACCUGGACGUUGGAAAACAGUCACAAAUAAGCACCGACAAUAAGCAGCAGAUUCAGAACAGCUAUGACGAUAUUGAAGAAAGAUUGAAACAAAUUUGCAAUGGCGAAGAGGCAACUGAUGACCCAAAAGCACCGAAAGAUCAGCGAGUUGCUAGUAUCUCAGUUCGUAAAGACAUUGUUUGCACAAACAAUUCGACAGUCUCGAGAAGCAAGGGUGCUUUAUCAGAUAAGAUUAUGAAGUACACGGAUAAAGAAAUCCCAAGAAACUUACAGUUAAUAUUCGGUACAGAAAGUGGAGAUGAAAAUAAAAACACAAGCAGUAAUGCAAAUACACAACUCUGUGUAUUGGGCGAAAAGAGAGAAACGCAAAAUACGAAUCAAGGGGAAGAUUGUCCUUUAAAAAGGCAAGCUUUCACUAGUAAAUCUGUAACCCUGAAUGAUUGUAACGUAAUUAAUAUCCCUAAAGCGAAGCCAAGUGAUUCGAUGGGCAUGAGAGCUGCAAUGAAACGAAAAAGAACCCGAGAAGAAGUGAUGAAAUCCAUUGAGAAAACUAUUGCUGAUUUAUCGCAAAGAACGUUAAGCGCCGUUAAAUGUGAUCAACUAACACGCUCAAUCCUAAGGGUCGCUAGGGCGAGAAAAAGAGCAGGUAGGGAAGACAGAAAUAUCAUUAGUUCCAGUCACAGGAAACCCUCGGAUGUGAUUAAUGGCAAAUUUGAACUUAAUAACAGCGAAGGUUCUUUGACAAACCCAAACUUUACCAUUAGAGUAACCGGAGUUGCCGAUGAUGUUGGCGAAAUUAUUGCAGGCUUGGAAGCUACUUCAGGCCAUAGGACAUCUGACAAAAAUAACGAUGUUGGUUCAAGGUUGUCUAGAAAUUUGAAAAAUAUUUCGUCGUCAAAGUAUUUAUUAGCUGGACAAACAAGUGCAAGAAAUUCGUUAAAAAAUGGUAAAAACCCAGAUGGGUUGAUUGAUUUAAGGUCUGACGAAGAACAAUUUGGUGAUUCUGAUAGCAUGGAAAGUGAAGAAGGGUUUGUAGUUGAGAGAGACUAUGAAAUGAACAAUGAAACAAAUGUAUUCAACACUAAGCAAGUGAACUCAAGUACCGAACUAUCGCAUGGGCAAAAGGGGGAAUUUCUUCAUAUGGAAUUGGAUGAAAAUGAAAGGAGGAAAAAAGUGAUUCAUAAAGAUGGAAGUGUCAAAAUCAAGGUUGAAGAAAAUAUUAAUUCAGAUUAUGAAAAUGUGCAGUCUGUACAACAAAAGUAUUCGAAUAAACCUAGUGAUCUAUCCAAAGAGUUGCGGCAAAAAUUGAAUGCGCAACAAGAAGUAAUAAAAAAAUUAACAAACCAGUUAAUCAUUUACAAAGAACUGGAAACUAAAUUAGUGAAUCUAAAAUUGGAACUACAAGUAAAAAACAAACAGAUACAGAUAUUUAAAGAAAAGCUUAGUAAAAAGCCACAAUUGCCUGAGGUAAACUCCAAAAAUGAAUCUGAAAUGAAACAGCAGGCCAUAUAUAAACUUAGCAAUAGAGUUAAUCAGCUGGAAGAAGCUAACAAAACACUGAUGAAACAGAUAGGCGCCGAGGCUCAAAAUAAAAAAUAUGUUCAGAAUCUGAAACAAAAGGAUGAACAGAUUAAGGUAUUAAACUGGAAGCUUGAGAAGGCGUCAAAGUUCUUGGAGAGAGCGGAGAAGAAUGCUAAUACGUACAAAAAAAAAAUGUUCAGCAUGCGGACGUCGAUUAAGCAGCAAAAAGCUGCGAACGAGAAGCAAAACAAAUUUAAAAACCUGUUUAUCGAUAAUGCGUCGCAUGAGUUCUCCGAGACUGCACUGCUCACAGCUAUCGAUAUUAGAAACAGUUGCGGACUGAAAUGUUAUGAAAAGUUAUUAAGUUACAAAUUUCCAUUACCAUCUUUGAGAACACUACGCAGACAUAUUAUGAAAGAGAAUAAUACUGAUCGGAAUUGGGGAGACAAUGACCAGGAACUGAUAUUUAACGGGUAUGAAGAGCAGGGAAUAGGCAAUGAAGCUGUCGAAAGUGAAGUCACUGGUACUGUCCAAGAUAUUUUUGAAGAGAGCAAUGAUCUCGAUGACUUGAAUUCCAACGAAUUGGGAGAGCACAUUUUAUCGCAGCUGGGUGUGGAGAGAAUGAUAUAGACUUUAAUCGAUUGUCAUGUACAUAAAUGAAAUGUUUUGUCACGUUUCAAUGAUGUCAGAAAUUCAAAUUUUGUGCAAUAGUUACCAUCCAAUGGCACAAGCCUUAUUGUUUGUUUCUUUAGCAAUAAAGCAGGUUUAUUUUGAUGAAGUACAUGUGCAAAAAUUGAUUAUAAUGUACGAUUUAAAGUUCAAAAACUCUGUGUGUGUGUGUGUGUGUGUGUGUGCGCGUGUGCAUUAUAUCAUAUACGGAUAUGUAUAGAUACAUAUGAUUUAUGAUUAUAUAAUAUAUUCUGCAUUAUGACUGAAGUGUGAAAUACUGUUUGCAUAAAAGAUAGUCUCGUUGAAACAUGGUCGAGAAAUCUAAGCGUAAUGACUGAAUGUUGAAAAAUAUAUAACAUACACAUCUUGUUAUAUAUAAAAAUAGUUUAACAAUUGUGCUACAUUCUAUUUGUCAAAAAUCAUUUUUCUAUGUUUAAUCAAAACUUUCCAAAAGAAAUCAUUCAUCAUUUUUUAGUGCCUUUUAAUGAAACAGGAACAGGCUAGUUGAAAAAAGGCAGAUGAAAAAUUGUAUAAUAAUUCAAAAUUCAAUUAUGUACUGUUCAAACAUGUCUUUUUUGCUACACAGUGUCAGUUUACAUACUUUCAUCGCAUCAUUCUAAUGAGAUGAAUUUUAAUUUGCAUUUUUGACUGUCAACAAACUGUAGCAUGGAUUAAAACAAUGUAGGCAAAAAUAUUUUUAUCAUUAUAACCUGUUUAUUUUAUUAUGAGUAAUUGUAUUGUUUGAAAAUUUACAAGUAUUUUUAGUUCAUGAAUGUAAUUUUUAUCAUGUUCGUUACUUGAUUAUAUUAAUGAAGUUCGAAAGUAAAUUGAUAAAACAAUUAUAUGAAUUUACAAGACACCAUUUUUUUUAUACAAUCCAUAGCUGGGUGCCUUUUCUAUCCAAUCUCUAAAAAAUCAGUCACCUUGUUUUUCUGAUGCUCGUUACCAUACACGUUAUUUCAAAUGAAUUCAUAAUUAAUAAUAUUAUUGCAUACUUAUGCAUUACCAAUUUGAUUUACUAAUCUGUUGUUUUCAUUGAGAGAUGCUCAAAUUAUAGAAAUAAUUUGCUAUCAGCUUAGUACCUUCCAUGUAACAUCUGAGUGUAAUGCAUUCUUCAUCCUUAUGAAUAUUAGCUUCACGACUUACCAGAGGUAACAGAAGAAUAUUAGUUUUUGGCAUGAUUUGUUGAAAUUCCAAUAAUGCUCGGUAAGAAUUGCCUUCGCGAACCAAAUUAGCUGGAUCUUUAUAAACCUAUAAUUACGUACAAUUAUUAAAUAUAUUUAAAUAUAUUAAACAUAUUUUCACACAUUGUACAGAAAAAGAUUUUUUUUUCUUUUUUUUUCGAACAUAUCCAUAAAACGAUACUAAAAUGGUAUUUGUAUAAUAAUAUGUACAGAAAUUA